AUGACGAGUCAGCGCACAGCAAGCCAGCAGGAUGCCAUAGCAAGCCUGCGCACCAUCCUUCAAAGCUCGUCCGGGUCAGCCCCCGACGAUGACAUGCUAGCAACUCUGCUCGAGGUCGAAGGUUGGGAUGCCACUCGUGCAGCACGAUUAGUGGAGGAAGAUAGCGCGGCGGAGCGCCGGAGGAGUGGAGCGGACGACGAGACCAUAGCAAGAUCUUUCGCUCAAAAUUCUCGCAUGCGUGGCUCGAUGGAUCUGGAUCAUCCCUCGAUGUUUGCAGGAUCAGGCUAUGGUCGUUCGAUAAAUGGCGGCACUGGUGCACCCAGCGGCUUGCCUGGCGGAGCAGGGUUGCGUCGCUAUCCGAGAGCAAACGACAGCGGGCCGAUGAGUGUAGCACAGAUGAUCUGGACUGCUUUGACGUUCCCUCUUUCGCUGGCAUCUGGCUUGUUGCUCUUCUUGGCUCGGGUCUUGCGGAUCAGAGCGUUGUUCCCCUCUCUCUUCGGUGUCAGCGGUAGCUCAAGGGGACUUGGACGCGCUGAUCCUCGUACAUCAGCAGAACACUUCGUGCGGGAACUCGAGAAACAGACUGGCGGCACCACAUCACGUUUACAUGUAAAUGAAACAGAAAGUUCGGAUCAGACUCGUGCACCUACACCAAAGAGACUCCCGCCGUUCUUCAUCGGAAGCUACGCCGAUGCGCUUCGUGCGGCCAAGGAACAGAUCAAGAUCCUCGCCAUCGUCCUUAUCAGUCAUGAGCAUGGCGACGUCGACCGCUUCAAGCAACAUACACUCACAGAUGGCGACCUGGUCGACCUUCUCUCACGAGACGACUUCGUUGUCUGGGGCGGCGACGUUCGAGAGCGAGAAGCAUACCAAGUGGCAACCACACUGCAAGCCAGCACUUACCCCUUCGUCGCUUUCAUCGCACUUCAACCUCCACGACCUGCAAGCCGAUCCUCUUCUUCCUCAUCCUCACCGCGAGCAGCUGUACUGUCAAGACUCGAGGGGUCACCUGCAACAGCAACAUCUGCUGGUGUGAUCGCAUCUCACAUCUCAGACGUGCUUCUGCCUAGGACGCGAAACUACCUGGAGAGACUGCGAGCAGAGAAACGCCGACGAGAGUUGGAACGUCAGUUACGCGCCGAGCAAGAUCGAGCUUAUCAAGAAGCGAGUAAACGUGAUGCUGAGCGGAUCACUCGUAAGCGUGAAGAGGAAAGGCUCAAGGCUCUGGAAGUACAGCGAGCACGCGAGGAACAGGAACAGAAAGAGGCGCUCCAGCGGAAGCAACAGGCAUGGCAGAAGUGGGCACUGCACAACCUUGUACCUGUAGAGCCUGCUUCGGCGUCAGAUUCGGUCAGGUUCAGCUUCCGACUGCCAAGUGGAAAGACAUUGAUCCGUCGCUUUGCAAGCACAGACACGGUGGAAGCGGUGUUUGCGUUUGUUGAGUCCGCGGCGGUUGCAGAGAAUGGAAGCUGUGGUGGAACUAUAGGGCAGAAGCCAGAAGGAUAUGAACACACAUACAAGUUCAGUUUGGUGAUCGGAUAUCCUAGGAAGCGAAUCGAGUUUGAUCAGGAAGGGUCAGCGAGACUGCAGGAUGUGGACGGACUGUCGCAAGGAACAAGUCUGAUCGUUGAAGGGCUAGUGUUGGGUGAUCUACCUGUUACUACUGAUGAUGAGGAUGAAGGAGACGAGGAGUAG